UAGGUGGGGGCUUGGGCAUCUCUAAUCCCACUUUGUCCUUCGGAGGCUUAGGAUCAGUACUGCUCAUUCAGGGAGCUCAAAGUGGCUUUGGAAGAAGCAUUCUCUGGCAGGGUCAGGGAGAAGCAGUGGUGAGGGGAUGCUCUAUAAGAGGAAUCAGAAAGGGUGGCAACAGUCCAUGAACAAGAUGUCAGGGGAGGAGGCAUUUUAUCUGUUCAAGAACAUCUCCUUGGUGGGGCUGUGGGGUGGACAUUAGUACCACAAAGUCCCUGUCUGGGCCUUCCACCUCCUCCAGGCAGCCUUCAUGGGCUUUGUCUUCUUUGUAGGGACACCAGUUGAUACAGUGCUGGUGGCCACACUAUGCUACAAAAAGUUGUGGCAGCUGCUUGACUAUAUUCUGGGCAACAUGUCCCUGGGGUGCUUGCUCUUUGGCUUCUCCUCUGUCUUCACCCUGUUCAUUGCCAGCUGUCAGGGCUAUGUGCUCUUUGGCUGCCAUGUUUGUGCUCUGGAGGCCUUCCUGGACUCUGCGGCAGGUCUGGUGACAGGCUGGUCACUGGUCUUGGCCUUUGAGUGGUGCUACAUUGUCAUCUCUAAUUCCCUUGGCGACUUCUGCUUCAGCUCCAGGCAUGCACUGAUGGUAGUCAUGGCCACCUGGAUCACUGGUAUUGGCAUCUCCAUCCCACCCCUCUUUGGCUGGAGCGAGCUAAUCCCCGAAGGUCGUUAGUGUUCCUAUGGCCUGGAUUGGUACAGCGUGGGCACCAAAUACCACAGUGAGUACUACGUCAGGUUCCUCUUCAUCUUCUGCUUCAUUGUGCCACUCUCCCCCAUCUGCUGGGGGCCUUCAGAGUCAUGAGUGGCUUUUGUAAGGGUCGGGAAGGAGGGGCAGGAGGCAGUCUCAACCCAGGUGGAGCGGGACGUGAGCCGCAUGGUGGUGGUGAUGGCGGGGUCUGUCUGUAACGUGCCUGUGCUGCCCUGUGUAUAUGGGCUGACCGAUGGUUUGUCACUACUCCUUUCCUUCUUCUCUGAGAGUGCUUGUGUCCACAAUCCCAUCAUCCACUGCUUCAUGAAUAAGCAGUUCCACGCUUGCAUCAUGAGGAUGGUUAGGAAAUCCAUGACAGAGGAGCCUGACGUGCCCAGCCUCCAGAACACAAAAGUUUCUACUCUCUCCUCUAGCCAAGUUGGCCCCAACUUGGCCAAAUUCAUCUAUUUGCAGCAACUAGGAUUUCACAUUUAAGGAAAUUUCUACUUUCCCUGUCAAAAACCAAACUAACAAGCACAGAAAAAAGAUGGGAA